GACAACUUAACCGAUCAAGCAUUUAAUCAUCCUAAAUCCCUUCGAGAAGUUACUGUUUUGUUAUAAUAGAUCAGAUGUGUCAAAAAGUUAUUUUACUAACAUGAUGUAAAUAUGUCAGAAACUAUUGUAACCGAUUUCCCUUGUUUCACAUUUCCACUGCGAUCAUUUAUUGAAGCAAAAGUUUCAUUUAAUAGACGAAGUGGCACUAAUAAACUACAUUUCCCAGAUCCUUCUCCAAAGUGUUUAUGGAAUAUACCAGCACCAGAUUUCAGUUUAUACAAGUGGGAACCGAAUCCCCCUGAAAGAAACAGUCGUAAAUCUAUAAAACCUGAAAGAAUUAAAACUGUGAAACAGGAUAACGACAAUGAUGAUAAUAAGAUUACAGAAUCAACUGGGGAACAUGAUAGAGAGACAAUUCCUAGAUUAAAAUUUGUCAGAUCUAUGAGACCUCACACAGCCAAGAUUUUAUUUGUCAAAUGUGGGUCGUUUAAACCAGGUCCAUAUAUAAUGCCCAAACCACAUGAUCAUCGAGGAUUGACUCCUACAAAUGAAAGUAAAUAUCCAAAGUUUAUUACAACAUAUGAAAGAGAUCCGAUGAAAUUGAAUCUCCUAAAGAAGACAAGACAACAAAUAUGGGGAACAAACUGUGAAAACACAGUUCUACGAAAACUGCCGAAUUUUUUCCUGAAACCAUUAAAACAAGACAAAAAAUGGGAUAAAGAACUGUACCUACCAAAAGAUCCAUACCCAAACAGAGAGAAAUGUUUUACAAGACAUCGACUUCAAUUUCGUGAUCCACAUGAAGUUUUCUUAGAUAAAGUUGCUAAUAAGUUGGAAGUAUUAUGGAGGAAUCGAGACCAUAGAAUCUAUCUCUCUAGAAGAAAUACGUUUGGAUAAUUAAUAACAGAGCCGAGAAAUGAGAUUAGUUAUCUUUUCCUCAAUUUUCUUCUGAAUGAAAUCAGUAUCAAACUGUCACUAAAAUGAGGCUUUUCACAACUUAAAUUUCUAAAUAGGUUUCUUUUCAAAACAACUGAUUACAAACUGAUAACAUACACCUUGAUAUUUAAAUAUUAAGUAUUGUAAAUGAACACAAUGACUUU